ACUAACUGGGAAUUGCCAGUUGUAAUGUGUGUUUAGAACCACCUGAAUACUCCUCCUGACGCAGAGAGAGUGUCCGGCUAAUUGUUCUCUCUCUCUCUCUCUCCCCUCUGGUGGUGUGUUCUCGGUUGCGGGUAGAGUUGCUAGCCGGCGCAGGGUAGCAAUCGGCGCACGCUAAAAAGAUUAAAAAUAAACGAGGGAGAGGUGGUGCGCAUCCUAGCCAUCAUCGGACGGUGAACCACUUGGGCUUUUUUGGGGCGGAUCGAUUAUUCAAUGGCCGCUCCACCUGCAAGGGCUAGAGCAGAUUACGAUUACCUCAUAAAGCUCCUCCUGAUCGGCGAUAGCGGUGUCGGUAAAAGUUGCCUUCUUUUGCGUUUCUCUGAUGGUUCCUUCACAACCAGCUUUAUCACUACCAUUGGCAUUGAUUUCAAGAUAAGAACCAUUGAACUUGAUGGCAAACGGAUAAAGCUACAAAUUUGGGAUACUGCUGGCCAAGAGCGGUUCCGAACAAUCACCACGGCUUAUUAUCGCGGAGCCAUGGGGAUUUUGCUGGUGUACGACGUUACAGAUGAAUCAUCUUUCAAUAACAUUAGGAACUGGAUUCGCAACAUUGAGCAGCAUGCUUCUGACAAUGUCAACAAGAUACUGGUAGGCAACAAGGCUGACAUGGAUGAAAGCAAAAGGGCUGUGCCAACCUCCAAGGGCCAGGCACUUGCUGAUGAAUAUGGCAUACAAUUCUUCGAAACAAGUGCAAAGACGAAUCUUAACGUUGAGCAAGUCUUCUUUUCAAUAGCAAGGGAUAUAAAGCAAAGGCUUGCGGACACGGACUCCAGGGCAGAGCCUCAGACAAUCAAAAUCAAUCAAGCAGACCAGGCUGGGGGCACUGGCCAACUUGCACAAAAAUCGGCUUGCUGCGGCUCUUAGAUAGACGAGAUAUUUGGGGGAGAGAUGGCACGGCACACUGGAGGGUACACUUUGGAGAAAAAGCAAAAGGAAAAACUAAUUGUGAUGACAACAAUAUGAUGAUGGGUGUUUGUAAUUCUACUAAAUGCCAUUCUUUUCAAAACUUGUUUUAGCGUUUGAAAGAUAGGUGGUUAUUAUCUCUGAAAAUUUAUUUCAUUGCUGAUAUCUUUAUGUUUCCUAACUAUUUUCCUAACUUACUUGGCUUGGUAUUUUCCGUUUAAGUUAAAGUUACAUGUGUUUAGCUA